ACAGCGGUCAUUUUGGCCGCCCUCGGGACAUUCUCUGUCAGCCCCUCCCUCGCGCGGCGUCAGGAUCGAAGCGACGAUCCAAGAAGGCGCGAGAGACCGGUCUGAGGGUUGAUGGUGGUGGCGGCCGCUGUGCCCGCAUCUCCGCUGGGUCAUCCGCCGUUUCUGACUCUGAUCAGCUAGUGACCAAUGGCGGCUGCCGCGCGGAGGGACCCGGCUCCAGUGAGUUCCCAUGGCUGCAGAAGUGCUUUUGAAACUUACACAGCCCUUAGGUCUAGGAAUCUUGGAGAAUCCCCAAGCUCAGGGUCCUGAGUCCAGGCCCAUAGUUAUAUUGAUGUGUUUCCAUUUUGGGCAGCCAUUGGAAAGAGAUGUACAACUUAUGAUAGGAACAGGUACCAGCAUGUGGAACUGCUUCGAGUCCCUGUCAUACCAGGCCAGUGUAACCUUUGAAGACGUGGCUGUAUACUUCUCCUGGGAGGAAUGGGAUCUCCUUGAUGAGGCUCAGAAACACCUGUACUUUGAUGUGAUGCUGGAGAACUUUGCACUUACAUCCUCCAUGGGUUGUUGGCGUGAAGUGGAGUACCAGGAGGCACCUCCUGAACAAAGCAUUGCUGUAAAAGGAGUGUCACAGGUCAGGACUCCCAAGGAAAAUUCAUUCUCCCAGAAUGCCUACCCCUGUGAAAUAUGUGGUCUGGUCUUCAGAGAUACUUUGCAUUUGACGGAGCACCAGGAAACACAUCAUGGGCAGAAACUGUACACAUGUGGAAAACAAUUCUUCUUCACUGCAGACCUUCAACAGCAUAAGAGACAGCAUGUUAGAGAGGUACCCUUCAGAAGUUCUGUGGACAGCACCUCAUUUAUAAAGAGUUGUACAGUCCAUGUGUUAGGGAAGCCCUUUAACUGCAGGGAGGUUGGAAAGGGCUUCUUGGCCAGCCUGGGAUUUCUCCAUCAGCAGAACAUUCACAUGGAGGAGAAGCCAAAGAGCAGUCACAGAUGUGGGGUGGUCUUUCACAAUGGAGAAAGUCAUCACAACUGGGGAGAAUACAAGAAAGCUUUCAGUCACACAGACACACUUGUUCAGGACCAGAAAAUCCUCACCAGAGAACGGCUUUUUGAGUGCAGCAAAUGUGGGAAAGCCUGCACUCGAAGAUGUAACCUCAUUCAACACCAGAAAGUCCACAGUGAAGAAAGGCCUUAUGAAUGCCAUGAAUGUGGAAAAUUAUUUACCUACUACUCCAGUUUCAUUAUACAUCAAAGAGUUCACACUGGAGAAAGGCCAUAUGAGUGCCCAGAAUGUGGGAAAUCUUUUAGUCAGAUCUACAGCCUUAAUAGCCAUAGAAAAGUUCACACUGGAGAAAGGCCUUAUGAAUGCAGCGAAUGUGGGAAAUCUUUCAGCCAAAGGUCCAAUCUCAUUCAACAUCAGAGAGUUCACACUGGAGAAAGGCCUUAUAAAUGCAGUGAAUGUGGGAAGUCUUUCAGCCAAAACUUCAGCCUGAUUUACCACCAGAGAGUUCAUACUGGAGAAAGGCCUCAUGAGUGCAGUGAAUGUGGAAAAUGCUUUAGCCGAAGUUCCAGCCUCAUUCACCACCGGAGACUUCACACUGGAGAAAGGCCAUAUGAAUGCAGUAAAUGUGGGAAAUCAUUUAAGCAAAGCUCCAGUUUUAGUUCACAUCGGAGAGUGCACACAGGGGAACGGCCUUACGUGUGUGGGGAAUGUGGGAAAUCCUUUAGCCAUAGCUCCAACCUUAGGAACCACCAGAGAGUUCACACUGGAGAAAGGCCUGUUGAGUGCAGUGAAUGUGGGAAAUCUUUUAGCUGUAAAUCUAACCUUAUUAAACACCUGAGAGUUCACACUGGGGAAAAGCCUUAUAAAUGCAGUGAAUGUGGGAAAUGCUUUAGCCAAAGUUCUAGCCUUAUUCAACACUGGAGAGUUCACAUUGGAAAAAGGCCUUAUCAGUGUAGUAAAUGUGGGAAAUCUUUUGGCUGCAAAUCUGUCCUCACUCAACACCAGAGAGUUCACCCUGGAGAAAAGUCUUAGCUAUACAGGGAAUGCAGUUUUCUUUUAGUGUAAUUACACUGAAGGAGAACACUUGUGAGAGAGCCGUCUAUCUGAAUCGAAGCCCCAACCUGUGAAGUUAUAUGGUGGGGAGAUUCCCCCUAUGUUCCAAGUAUGUGGAAACUUUAAGGAGCUGUGUUACACUUUCUAACCUGCCAUUUCUGGCCCUUGCCAUUUAUGUCACUGACACUUUCUGAGGCAGAAGCCAUAUUACCUCUUCCACUUGCCAGGCCCACAGAGUAUGCAUGAUUUGCUACCCUAGUCUGCUCAGGGAAGCAGACCUCUGCAUUCUUCUCAUUUGCUGAAGGAAGUCAUGAGUAGGCUAAGCUCUUAGGGGGUCCCCAUUCCCUUGUCUUUGACAAGUUAUGGUACAGACUCAACUCAGUUUUGUACCAGAGAACCUGAUAAGAGUUUUGUUGGCAGCUUGCCAGGAAGGACUACCUUUUGGGGGGAACAUUGUUGGUCUCAUUGGAUUUUUCCAGUCUGUAGGUCACCAACUUGGGAACUUCUUGCCUCAUAUUGCUUUGAUUUUUUGCAAUAAUAAAGGCUUUAUUAUUUAAACAACUUUUAAUCUUGGGGUUUGAUUCACUAUAUGAACUGGUUUGGAAAACAGAAAUGGGACCUGCAAGAUUAUUAUAGAGUAAGCACCAUAUAUGUGCACAUGUGGGGAGUUCUUAUUUGUGUGCCUCAGAGAUACAGUAUGAUGGGAGAAUAUUGUUCUCUUUUCAGUUUUGGCCUAAUUUGAAUUGUUUCUGAAGGCCGCCCUAGGAAAGACUGCAGGGCUCUAUGGUCCUAAUUUGUAGACUGGAUACUAGGACUUUUUUGUAUGCUAAUAGGACACCCUGAAGAGGCAUGGAAUUGUGACAACCUUCAUUGCUUAUGAAUUGUUUGUUGUUCUAUGGGGAUAUCACAGAAUGACCAGUCCUGUUUGAGAGCAGUCUAUACCCCAGGUUCUGCAAAGCCAAGUGCCCCAGUGCCCAUAAUUUAGUAGUCUAGAGUCACUGUAAAAUUGCAGGGGUUGUAUAACUGGUACAGAAACACUGAAUUCAUAGUAGAGGAGACUGUAGCAAACUAGAUGGAAUGUGCUUCUUGUAAAAUGUUCUAGUGAUUGUGCAGAAACAGUAUGUUUAAAAAUUUUCAAGAUCUCCAGGCAUGUGUAUUUUUUGUAGCUGAGACCAUUGUCAGAAAAAAUGAGCUAAAGGUUUUGUGUGUUUCAGUAGCUUUUCUGGGAUAUUCACCUGAAGGCCAUUGCUGCACAUGCCUGGAAAACAAACAUAAAGAAGGGACAUUCCUUCUCCCAAGGACAUGGCUCUGUGACCUACCAUCAUCCUGUGUGGAAACGAACUUCACGAUUCAACAAUAUUUGCUGCCAUUGAGGGAAAGUUACCCUUCCAAGGUCAUCAGAAAGAUACUGAGUUGAUAUAGGCUUAUCAAACCUAGUAAUAAACUUACUAAACCAUUAUUGUAAUUAUCGCAAUUAACAUAUUGGUCACACCUAAUUUACCUCAUAUGCUUUUCUAGUCUCUUCCUCCGCUCCCUGACCCUCAAGGCAACCAUUGAUUUGCCUUCAUUUAUAAUAGAUUAGUUUGUAUUUUCCAAAAUUUUACAUGAUUUGAUUUAUAAAAUGCUUAUUAUUAUUUUUUUUUUUUUUGUAGAGACAGAGUCUCACUUUAUGCCCCUUGGUAGAGUGUCGUGGCAUCACACAACUCACAGCAACCUCCAGCUCCUGGGCUUAAGCGAUUCUCUUGCCUCAGCCUCCCGAGUAGCUGGGACUUACAGGUGCCCGCCACAGCACCCGGCUAUUUUUUUGUUGCAAUUUGGCCGGGGCUGGGUUUGAACCCGCCACCCUUGGCAUAUGGGGCCGGCGCCCUACUCACUGAGCCACAGGCGCCGCCCUAAAAUGCUUAUUUUUUUUAUUUCAUUCAUGACAUAAUUAUUUUAAGAUUCUUUAGUGGUAUUUAUGAGUUCAUUCUUUUUAUUAUAUCUUUUCCUCUGAUAUGCCAUUUGUUUCUCCAUUCAUCUAUUUAUAAGCACUUAGAUUAUUUCCAGGUUUUGGCCAUUAAAAAACAAGGCUGCUAUAAACAUGCAUAAUAUUUAUACAUAUACAGGUAUCAUUUCACUUCUCUCGUGUUAAUAACUCAAAGUAAUGCCAGAGACACAAGGUAGGUGAAUGUUUAACUUGCUGAGAAACUGCCAAGCUUUGUUCACUUUUGCUUACUCACCAGAACUGUUGAGAAUUACAGUUCUUCCACAUCUUUGCCAAUACUUUGGUAUGGUCUGUCUUAGAAUUUGUCCUUUAUAAAGUGUGCAGUGGUUUUAAUUGUGUUUGCCUAAGCAUUAAUGAUGUCAAACAUUUUCAUGUUUUUUUCACCUUUAUAUAUUCUUUAG